AUGUUUAAGCAACUCUCCCAGCUAGGUAAAAAUUUGACUGAUGAAUUACAAAAGGGGUUAUCCGAUGAGUUAUUAUCUGUCAAUGGUUCAGACACUAAUUUAGGUUUAAAUGGACCCAAUGUGUCAUCAAGUAGUAAUAUCGAUAAGAACUUGCCUGCAGAUGUUCAAACAAAAUUGAGGAAAUUUGAGAAGUAUGAAUCUAAAUAUCCAUUAUUACUAACUGCUUAUAAGAAUGAGAAGGUGAAAAAUGAAAAGUUGGAAGUUUUACAAAAAAUAUUGACUGAAAAUACACCUAUUUCAGAUUUUAGUGAUAUCGAAACAUCAUUACCUAGCUAUUUUGAGGAUAUUAGUAAUAAGUUUAACAUUUUAAAUGAAGAAAUUAAAAGGUUAAAUAAGUUACAAAAAGCAAAAAAUGAAUUAUCUAGCACUAAUGAAACUGCCAUUACACCACAUGAUGAUUCAUUGGUUGAAAACUAUAAGGCAGAGAUAGAAGAAUUAAAAUCAAAAUUAGAUAAAUAUAAGGGAAAUGAAAAAGAUAAUCAAGAAACCAAUGAACUUCUAAAAGCACAAAGAACUGAAAUUGCAAAUUUAAACAAAAAAGUAUUAUCUAUAAAUACGAAACAUGAACAAGAAGUAAACACUUUUCAAAAACAGGCUUCUAAUCAAUUAGAAGAAGUGAAGGCCAAAUUACAAUCGGAAUUAACUGAUUAUAAAAAUCAACUCAAUAGAACUAUACAAGAAGCUAAAGUCUAUAAGAAACAAAUUGAAGAAUUUAAUUCCAAAGUGUCAGAUAUAGAAACGGAAUUAAAAAAAGAACGUGAUAAUUCUACAUCUCUUCUAGAGCAGAAGAACAACGAUAUUAAAAAAAUAACUACAGAAUUUGAAGCAUCAAAAGAGAAAGUUACUGAAUUAACAAAUAUUAUAUCUGCUAAGGAGACUGAAAUUGCUAAUGUUAAUUCAGAUUUGUCUCAAAGAGUAGAAGAAAUAAAUAAACUAACAGAGCAAAGUGCAAACUAUUCUAGUGAGGUGGAGCAAUUAAAAGAGCAAAUUGAGUCACUUAAAACGGAGUUAAAAAGUAAAUCACCAAGGGACGAUGUAUCUCAGUCAAUAAUGGCUGUAUCAAAUGUACAAUCCACUGGAUCAAAAAAGAAAAAAAACAAAAAGAAGAAUAAGAAAAAUAAUCAAAGUUCACAGAAUAUUGCAAACGAUGUGGCAUCGUCUGAAUUAAAUACAAGGUCAAAUUCUGAGUCUGUAUUAUCUAAUCUUUCUGAUGAAAAUUCUGAACUGUUAAAAAAACAGUAUCAAAAUUUGUUAAAAGAUUUUGAAGAAUUUAAGGGUAAUCAUGAUGAUUGCAAAGAGUGGAAGUCCAAAUUGGAAACUUUGAAAAAGGAGGCAACUACAAAACAAGAUACUAUUCAAAAGGAACUUGAUGAAGCAAAAAAUGCUAAUUUAAAUCUUACAGAAGAAUUAAAAUCCCUUAAAGCACAAUUACAAGCUAAAAAUAUUGAAAUUGAAGAAGUUCGCGAUAUGUUAAGAGAAGUGGGCAAUGAAUUGGUUGAUGCAAGGGACCAAUUAAAAGAAACACACAGUGAGAAUAAGGAGACUUUGAAAUUACAAGAUGAGAUUAAGAAAUUAAAAAAUGAUAUUACAUUUUUUAAGAAAAAAGAAGGUGAUUUACUGAACACUAUCACUUCUUUGAAUAAAGAUAUUUCUGAAACCAAAAAAUUACAAAUGAAAGAAAAAAAUGACUCACAGCAAGAGAUUUCUUCUUUAAAAGUAAAACUUGCAGAUUUACAAAACGAAAAUAAAAUUUUGAAUACCCAGUCUAAGGAGCUUACAGUCCUUAAAACAAAUCUUCAGCAGAAAGAAAAAACAAUCAUUUAUCUCGAAAAGCAAGUGAAAGAUUUUAUUACUACUCAAGAGACCAUUAAAAAGAAUGUUGAUAUAUUAAAAAGGGAUAAUUUACAAUUGUCAAAUAAAAACGAAUUGCUUAAAAGGGAAAAUGAAUCUUUAAAUAAUGAUAUUAAGAAUAAUAGUCAUUCCUAUGAAGAACAUCUUAAAGAAAAUGGGAAAUUAUCAGAAAGAUUGUCCAUUUUACAAGAAAAGUAUGACACACUACAAGAUAUUAAAAGUAAUUCCAACGAACAGAUUAACUCUAUUAGAAGACAAUGUGAGGAAUUGAAUGUUAAAUUAAAGGAAUCUAAGAAAAAAAUUAUAUCAUUGGAAAAUGAGUUAAAUGAAUAUACAACACUUAUCCAAGAUAAAACUAAAGAAUCAGAUACAAUGAGAAGACUUUUAUCUGACUUGCAAAAUGAAGACAACGAAAGGCAUCAAAAUUUAGAAACGAAAAUUUCUAUAUUGUCCGAUGAGAAAUCUAGAUUGGAGUCACAAUUAGCAUUGCAAUAUUCAAAGCAUACUAGGGAACAACAGGAGUUGAGACAUAGUAAUAACGACUUGCAAACUGCAAAUCAACAGUUGAAUCAUAAAGUAAAACAACUUAAUUUACAAAUUGAACAGCUUAAGGAGACAACCAAUGCUAUACAAAAGACUACAAUACAUAAUACAGAGAGCUCAGCAGAUCUUGAGAAAAUGAUAACUAAUCUUAAAACAACAUUGUCUAAGGCGGAUACUAGAAUCCAUGAUUUACAAAAUGUUAAUAACCAAUUAUUAGAGACCAAUAAUAGUAUCAAUAAGAAGUUUGAUAAGUUGACACGAUCUUAUAAAUUGUUAUCCUCACAAUAUAAUUCUCUAAAGGAUGGUAAAGUGGAAUUGAAUGGUAGAAUAAGUAGAUCAGAUUCAGUUAAUUCUCAACUUUCAACAUUAACUACUCCUAUUAGGGAGAGAUCAUCUAGUAACCUAUCGAAAGUUUCAACUAAUAGAGAAUUUGUAUCUGAUUUAACAAGACAAAAUGAAACAGAGGCUGAGAAAAAUGAAAAAAUAGCAUAUAUUAAAAAUGUAUUGUUAGGUUUUCUCGAACAUAAAGAGCAGAGGAAUCAAUUACUUCCAGUUGUCUCUAUGCUAUUACAAUUGGAUAGCAGUGAUGAAAAAAGACUUUUAGCAUCUAUCAAUUAG